GCGUCCGGUGGGGCGGCGCUGUAAGAGGUGGACCUGUCAACUUCAACAACAGCGUUACAAGGAACUGGACACAGCCAAAGCUACAAGUGGAUAUCAUUUGUCACAUUCGCAGCGAUUUCACUCGUACUAUUUGACUGGAUCGCAGAAGAGUGUGUAUUGUCGCCUCGAUAUCAACACAACAGGACGCGAUGUAAAGUGUGUUGCUGAUACUUACCACAAGACACAUUCACCCUGACAAGUACACAGUUGGGUGUCUAUGGUGCCCCGGUGGACUGUGCUGGAGCCAUGCACCCCCCGGCCAGGAAGGAUUACGUCUCGGUCACAUUCGGUGAGCAGAGCGGCGGGAAGUACAACAACAGCAAGCAGUUGCGGAGACGCUCUUGUUGGAGGAAAUGGAAGCAGCUGUCCCGACUCCAGCGCAGCCUGGCGCUGUUUGCGCUUGUUCUCCUGCUCGUCUUCGGCAUGACCUCCUACCCCGCCGUCCACCAACACUUCAGAGGCCUUGUCGAGGUGGAUGAGGAACGAGGUGCUGCUGCUGGGCUGCCGCACCCCCCUCGGGUUCUGCAGGAGCCAGUGAAGGUCCAACCUGAAGUCCCUCUAAGACCAGAGCCCCCCCUGCUGCCCUCUCAGAGUCCGAUGAAGAGGCCCCAGAAGCGCGGGCCCCCAGUGCUGUUGGGGCGUCAAGAGAAGAGGGAGAACAUGUCGGGCCCCCUGUUGGUGGGGGUGGGAGGAGGAAGAGGACAGGAGGAGAAGAAGAACAAGGAGUCAAAUGACAAGGGGGUGGAGCCUGUUAUCAGGGGGGCGGGGAUUGAGGCGGACAAGCCCAUCGACGACCCCAAGGCUGGGAACAGCAAGGAGAGCUCACCUGCGCUGCCUAUUGAGAAGACGCCCAAAGAGAUGGAAACAUUUCGGCUCGAGGGCGUGCGGGAGUCGUUCCGGCACGCUUGGCGGGGCUACAAGGAGUUUGCCUGGGGCCACGACGAGCUGAAGCCCAUCACCAAGACCUACGCAGAGUGGUUCGGUCUGGGCCUCACGCUCAUCGAUGCCCUGGACACCAUGUGGAUCCUGGGCUUGAAAGAGGAGUUUGCGGAGGCCAGGGAGUGGGUGAGCACUGAGCUGUCCUUCAACAAGAAUGUGGACGUGAACCUGUUUGAGACCACCAUCCGCAUCCUGGGAGGUCUGCUUAGCACCUACCAUCUGAGCGGGGACCCGAUGUUCCUGGAGAAGGCUACAGACAUCGGCUCGCGGCUGAUGCCGGCCUUCAAGACCCCGUCCAAGAUCCCGUACUCUGACGUCAACAUCGGGAAGGGCACCGCCCACCCGCCCCGCUGGACCUCGGACAGCACCGUCGCCGAGGUGACCACAAUCCAGCUGGAGUUCAGAGAGCUCACCCGCCUCACCCACGACCAGCAGUACCAGGAUGCGGUUGGCGAGGUGGCCAGGCAGGUCCACCAGUUGGAGGGAAAGCAGGACGGCCUGGUGCCCAUGUUCAUCAACACCAACAGCGGACAGUUCACCCGCCAGGGGAUCUUCACACUGGGGGCGCGCGCAGACAGCUACUACGAGUACCUGCUCAAGCAGUGGAUCCAGGGGGGCAAGAAGGAGCACCAGUUUCUGGAGGACUACCUGCAGGCUAUAGAAGGUGUGAAGAAGAACCUACUCCAGAAGUCCUCUCCCAGCGGUCUGACCUUCGUUGGAGAACUGUCCCACGGCCAGUUCAGCCCCAAAAUGGACCAUCUGGUGUGCUUCCUCCCCGGUACCCUGGCCCUGGGGGCGCACCACGGCCUCCCUGACGACCACCUGGAGCUGGCCCGGCUGCUGAUGGAGACCUGCUACCAGAUGUACGCCCAGAUGGAGACGGGCCUCAGCCCCGAGAUCGUCCACUUCAACACCCACCAGGGGAGCACCCGGGACGUGGAGGUCAAGCCUGCUGACAGACACAACCUGCUGCGCCCGGAGACGGUGGAGAGUCUGUUCUACCUAUACCGCUUCACCAAGGACCCCAAGUACCGGGACUGGGGCUGGGAGAUCCUGCAGAGCUUCAACAAGCACACCAAGGUGUCAACGGGGGGGUACACCUCCAUCAACAACGUGCGCGACCCUGACUUCCCCUUGCCCCGGGACAAGAUGGAGAGCUUCUUUCUGGGGGAGACCCUGAAGUAUAUGUACCUGCUGUUCUCCGAUGACCUGGACCUGAUCAGCCUCGACCGCUACGUCUUCAACACCGAGGCGCACCCCCUACCCAUAUGGCCCUCUGAGCCGAAGGAGUGAAGACCUCACCGACACUCGUCGUGGACUUCAGCCAACAUCGAGGCUUGUGACUGGCAGAGAGUGUAGGCUUGACAUGUCCGGUUAGUGUGUCAGGACAGACCACCCACAUAUCCUCGAUGGGGAGACGCAGCGUCAUCAGACAAUGUUAUUUUUUUGGGGGGGUUUCGAGAAUUUCCAUGAAUUUCAGUCCAUGAUUUCCUUAAUCGGUUACAUUUGACCGGACCUGCUUUUUUAAAGAUGCAAACAACACUGGUAUUGAAGUGUGUGUGUGUGUGUGUGUCUGAUUUGUUGGUGUUUGUGUGACAUUUUAAAUGGCCAUUGCUAGCAACCAUCACGGUUUGGUAGCAAGGAGCACAACUGCUGAAACCUGAACUUCUCAGUAGUUGGUCCAGGGAUUUUCAGCUUUUCACAUGAUUGGUGCAUUGAUUCAUUUACUUCUUCUUUCUUAAAUCAGGAACUCUGCCAUUUUGAUACUGUGAAGCACUUUGUAUGCGUGUAGCUUUGGUUUUGUUGUCUGGUGGCUUUUUUUGUUGUCUGAGCUGCUGCUAUGUACGUUUUACUGAAUGUCUGAAGCUUUUUCCUCCUCCACCCCAUCGCGGUGGUGGCAAGGGGUAAAGAUGUGUGCUGUUUCAGUGAGAGGACCAGCUGUACCUGAGAUUAAGGUUCAUAUAAUUAUAUAUUCAAGUGAUGUAUGUCUAUGUGUCGUGUAAAAGGUAGUUUAGAUAGUGGAUUUCUUUCAUUAUAUUUGUAUUGUUUGGCUUGAUGGAUGUAUUGAUUGUAGUCAAGAGAAAAUUGCUAUCUUUCUUGUAAAUAGUGUUGGUGAGAGAUAAGCUGGGACUCUUAUUUUGAAAGAGUUUUGUACCGAGACCAAACACACCGGUUUGAUACCCACCCCUUAUCAGAAAUGGUUUGAUCUUUCCUCUUUGACGUGCGUGGUCUCUCAGCGUGCCUUUGACGUCAGUCGCUUCAGACAGCAAUUUACAACACCACUAUUAACUGUCCAUGUCUACGGUAUACACAUUUCUAAGACACUCUACAAUUCCAUUUGCAAUCGAAACAGUUGGAUAUUAUGAACACAGAGGAUAACGUUUUUUAUAUUUUUUGGCAACAAGAAAUGUGAAUACCUUUUUUUUUUUUUUCUGGAGUUUCCUUUUAAAGAAAGUCUUUAAGUGUACAAAACAAAGUCUAAACCGGGUUUGCGUGUCCUGUCAACAAGGGCUCACUUCUUAAAUGACAAGUCCCUCGUACGUGUUUGGACAUUCCUGAGCCCAACUUUCUGGAUGAUUCUGAACAUUUGAAGACAAGCCAUCUUUCCAAAGCCAUGUUGUUCCCUUCAAACAGUGAUGAAGACUACGUUCUCAGAGCUUUUGAUAUGGUGCCCCAGAAAUAUGUUUUGAAGGUUCCACCUCUGCUCAGUAUGUUAAAUACUGGCAAUGUCAAAGAUAAUGUAUUUUCAAAACGUAGGUUUUAGGUUUUAUAGCUCACUACAGUGGCAAGGAAUUCAAAAAUUUUGAUUUAUAAACAAUACCAACUUUCUUCUUUAGUAAUGGCUAUAUUUUGGACAUUGCUGAAUAGCUUUUUCGAUUGACCACAAGUUAGGGGAUUUUGGUCACUUAUGCCAGGAUGUUGAGAAAAAAUAUGGUUCAUAGGUAACAUCCAUUUCAUGCUACUUUGAAACGUUGAAUGUCUAAAAACAAGUUAUUUUUUAUUCCCCUACAAUUAGCCCUUUUGUGUGGUCAUGAAAAUGUAAACGUGUCAUAUCACGACUGAAAUACUGAUAAAGUCUUAAACUAGUCUUAACGACUUCACUUGAAAAUGUGUAGCAGUCCUACAGCUUACAGAUUGGCUGAUCAAGACCCUAACCUGUGCAUCACAUGGCAUUUUACAAUUUGAAUUGUAUGUCAUUGCAAAAAUGUAAAGCUUUGCUGUCUUUGUGGAAGCUUGCUAUUCAAAAUAAUAUUUGGGGAUCUUGGUUAAUAAUGAACAAUGUUCAGGUAUUUAUUAUGAAAGCCUUUUGAAAUCACUAUGAAAUGAGUACAGGUAAAGUAGUCAUGACAUGUACAAACUGCCUAAUGGAAGGCAUAUUUUAAAGGUUUUGUUGAUUGUGUUGCUCGAACUACAUGCCAAAAAGUGGCUCCAAAUGUGCUUUAACAACUCCUGUGUAUCUUUAUUACCUUGAAUUCACUUCGGGUCCAGAAAUCGUAGCUUGGUCUGUUCCAAAAAUAGGUUUAAAGCUCAACUACAUGAGACCACAUCUUUUAGAGUUUGCUACCAUCUACAGGUCAAAAAAUGUCACAACCUAGUUACCAAAAACUUAAUUCGGUGCUACUACUGCUCUACCAAAGGUCAAUCGGAAGUAGUUUGGGUUUUCUCUUUGUUUAAUAAUUGUUUAUAUGCAUAAUCUUUUAUAAAUUCAAAAAACAAAUGUUGUUGCAAUGUCAAAUUUGAGUGAAUCCUAAUAUUGGAAUUUUGUUUUGAGAGUAUUUUGAUGUUUACAUUCAAAGAGCACUAAAUCUGACUAGCUGUUUUGUUAACCUCUCCAGAUGGUAGCCAACUCAAUGUUGAGUGUGUAGUUCAUCUUUAUUCCAAUCUCAAGGGCUGUGCUUUCACAGAGAUCUCCAUUUUGUGUUGGUUCACCUGAACAUCGACUGCCAUGAACACAACAAUGUUUAAUUGUCACCUUGUUUACAGACCGGUUUAUCUGCUUUGAUUAAGAGAAAUGAGAUUAAAAAAAGAUUUUAUUGCA